AUGGUCUACACGACAGCUUGUGAUAGAUGUCGGAAAAUACGAAUGAAAUGCGAGCGCCCGUCCCGUGGUCAAGAUCACCAUGAGAUCUGCCAAAGAUGCAGAGCAGAUGGUGCCGAAUGUAUAACAAAGAAGCGUAAGGUGGGUCGACAGCCGGGAGUGAAGAAUAGGAAAACGAGAGAAGCGCAAGGAAAAGAGAUGGGAUCAUAUUACCAUAGGAGGGAGACGAACGUACCGAGGGAUCACGAUCAUCUACCAAAUCCUCUGCAGGUACUGGCAUCGGAAGCAGUCAGAAGACACAGCACACCAGAAUCCGAAACCACCAUGACCCCCACACAUCCAGUAACGUACACUCGUGACAGUGGUAGUAUAUUGGACCAGUUUUCGGUCUGGACAAGUAAAGUACAUGGGAUUACGGGAAGGGGCGAUAUAGCAAGAAGGAUUGAUGAUCUUUUGUCAGCCAACCGGCAAGAGUUGUCUUUAGGGGCGGAUGAGCCAUCGUCCUUCUGUGGUAGGACCGAUAUGGCGAGACCCGAUGCAGCUCCAGAGCAUGAUGUGAUAUCACUACAUAUGAUUUCGUUGCCGGAAGCUCAGAGGCUUUUCGAUGCCUUCAUGAAGUACUUGACAAAUGGAUCAAUGUAUUUUGAUCCUCAAUUGCAUUCACUUCCCUUUAUCAGAUCGCGGAGCUCAUUCCUGCUCGCUGUGAUACUGGCAAUGGCUUCCACCUUCACUUCACUCUGUGCAUCGAGCUUGCUUCAUUCCCAACUAACAUACCACGCCAAUCGAUUGUUAUCGCACAUUCGGGAUAACAACCUCAAAUCUAUUGAAAUCGUUCAAGGACUGCUGCUUUUAGCAAGCUGGAGCGAGAUACCGCAUACGCUCAGUCAAGACAAAACAUGGGCGUACGUGUCAUACGCGACUGCCCAGGCGGUAGAAUUGAGAAUGGACUCCCCUUUACCGUAUUGUGUACAGUCCGAUCCUAUCUAUUCUUCAGGGAUCCACGAACUCUUGGUUAGAAACGCUCACAGGGUCUGCUUACUACUGUAUAUACAUGAUCGGAAUAUGGCAAUGGUAGCGGGACGUUAUCCAAUUUUCCCAGAAUCUACAGUAUCGUCUCAAGCAAAUCUCGAUGAAUGGGGGAAGCAUGAACUUGCAAGUCGGUAUGAUGGUCCGAUUUGCGCUUCUGUAUCAUUACGAAAAACCACCGGGGUGCAUCAUAAACUAGCUGCACACAAUGUCGCAGAUUUUCAAGCAGACAUGAACCUGAUAGAACGAGCAAUAGCAGAUUGGCGUGCCAAAUGGGCAUUAGAGAUCACCAGCACUCUCGAAUACGGUAUCAUUGCGAUGUUUUCGACAUUCGUCCUCGCUCUGACGUUGCUGAAGAAAGAUCAUGACGACGAGGAUAAUGUAGAGGCUAGAAAAGCAUGUGAGGACUUGGCUUUUGAAGUGGUCUGCGCUUCAAUACAUAGCUAUAAGUCGUGGACCGGUAUUGUGAAUUCUGCUACCUUUGACACAAGCAUGGUAGCGUUCUGUGCUUUAUAUACUCUGCAGUCAAUCAAUCGGUGUGAUCCUAUUUACUUGUCCGAUUGGUCUGUAUUUCGACUGGCAAUAGUACAGGAACUGAUAUCGGAGCUGGAAAAACAAGCUGCUGUACGGCAUCAUACUGACCGGGAGAAUGGUAUGACUGUCGUCGAUGCCAUGGCCAGACAGCUCUCGAGAGGCAUCAAGCUACUCUUUACCAAGAAACAGGUCGGCCGUCCUCCAAUAUCUUCGGAUGAAUCAGAUGCUUCUCAAGGACAACAAAUCCCAGAGAUGAUCAAUCAACAGCAAGGAAUUGUUAUGAAUAUGGACGGAGCCAUACAGUUCAGUAAUGAAAACACUAUCCUACAGACGCACCAGCCGAACGAACAACAGUUCAACGCCCAAGAACUGAGAUUCGAUGAUUUGACUCAAUUGCUCUCAUCCACCAACGCUAUACCUUUCAUCCCAGAUUGGAACUUGGAGAGCUUGUUACCAGACGCCAAUUUCAGUUGGGACCAAAUUGAUCAUUCGAACCACGAUACUAGCAGUAACAUACCGUUUUUCGAUUUUGGUCAAUAG